UUAUGUGCAGCUCCUCCCCACGUGUCUAGGCAGCAACAUGGCAGCGACCUGAUAUUUCAGACGCCGCUAACCCAUACACUGGCACGUUUCAGAUGGAGGUUUCGGGUUGAAAGGGGCCACAUAAUCAUAAUAAUAAUCAAGGAGAAGGAAACAGAUCACAGAAACUAAAGCAGGUUUGAGCAUCAGAGGCCUGCACCUCUGACUAGUUCACAUUCGGUUCGCUCAAUAUGGCCAGUGGGGAGGACGAUGACCCCAUCAUACAAGAGAUCGAUGUAUACCUGGCCAAGAGCCUUGCAGACAAGCUCUACCUUUUCCAGUACCCAGUGCGUCCUGCUUUAAUGACCUAUGAUGACGUCACUCAUUUAUCUGCCAAAAUAAAACCGAAACAGCAGAAGGUGGAGCUUGAAAUGGCAAUUAACACCAUGAGUCCCAAUUACUGCCGCAGUAAGGGGGAGCAGAUCGCUCUGAACGUGGAUGGCACUGCUUCUGAAGAUUCUAAUACUUAUUCAAUGAAGAUGAUGGAUAAACAGAGUUUCACAUCUAUCCAGGCCACGACCAACACCUCCCGCUAUGCAGCUGCUGUCUUCCGUAAAGGAGAGCUUCACCUCACCCCAUUGCAUGGGAUCCUCCAGAUGCGUCCCAGCUUCUCGUAUUUGGACAAAGCCGACAGCAAACACCGCGAGAGGGAGGCCGCCAAUGAAGGUGGAGACUCCUCUCAGGAUGAGGCAGAAGAUGAUGUCAAGCAGAUCACGGUGCGCUUCUCCCGGCCGGAGUCGGAGCAGGCCCGUCAGAGGCGCCAGCAGUCCUACGAGUUUAUACAGAAGAGGCAGGCCGAGGAGCCCUGGGUCCACCUGCAUUACCAUGGCAUGAAGGAUGGCCGCUCAGAGCACGAGAAACAGUAUCUCUUCUGCCAGUCCAUGGGUGCGAACGAGAAUACCGAACUGGUGAAAACGCCCAGGGAGUACUUGGCCAUGCUUAUGCCCCCUAUAGCAGAGGAGAAGAUUGUGAAGCCGGUUGGUCCCAGUAAUGUGCUGUCUAUGGCCCAGCUGCGCACUCUGCCCCUGGGAGAGCAGGUCAGAACCCUCAUGAAGAACGUUAAAGUCAUGCCCUUUGCCAACCUCAUGGGGCUGCUGACCUCUGGCACAGACUCCACUGCAGUGUUGCGCUGUGUGCAGCAGGUGGCCAUGCUGGUCCAGGGCAACUGGGUGGUCAAAAGUGAUGUGCUGUACCCCAAGAACAGCUACAGUGCACUCAGCGGCGUGCCAGCAGAAGUGCUCUGUCGAGGCAGGGACUACGUGAUGUGGAGGUUCACCCAAGAGCGCGCUCUGUUGCGUAAAGAAAUCGCAGCUGUUAUCAAGCUCCCUCCAGAGGAUGUGAAGGACUUUCUGGAGCAGAUGUCCGUGUCCCGGAUAAACCGUGGCUGGGAGUUCCUCCUGCCCAGCGACACAGAGUUUGUCCGGAAGCAUCCGGAUGUGGCACAGAGACAGUACAUGCUCUGGCUCGGCAUUCAGGCCAAAUUGGAAAAGGUGUUCAAUCUCUCCAAGGAAGACAUGAUUGCAAAAAAGCAGGAUUCCCAAGCAGCGGCGGUGCAUGUGACUGGCGAGCAGAGGCUGAAGGCGGCCCGCGAGCAGGCCAGGGAGAACCAGGGCUCGCUGCAGAAGGACCUGGAGCAGCGGCGGCAGGGCGGGGCGAAGGCCGCCGGCGUGAGGGUGAAGGAGGAGCCGCUCAGCGAUGCUGAUGAGCCCAUGGACACUUCUCUCCCCAACGGCUCGCUCAACGGCUACCAGGGCGCUGGCUCCCCCACGGACCCUCUCAACGGCCACAGCAGCCACGGCCCGUCCCCAGAGCUCCUGGACUUUGUGGGGGCCACCUUUCGCAAACACUUUGUGCUGACGCUGAGCGAGCUAAAGCGCCUUUUCAACCUGCACCUGGCCAGCCUGCCCCCUGGACACUGCCUGUUUGGGGGCAUCUCGGACCGCCUGCUGCAGGACACCAUACUACUCAGCCACUGCCGACAGAUCCUGGUGCCUUUUCCCGCUCAGAGCUCGGCUGCAGCGGAUGAACAGAAGGUCUUUGCGGUGUGGGAAACGGGAGAAACGUUCGACAAGCAUCGGCAGAUCCUGUUUGAAAUCUUCAUGAAGAACUACCGCGUCAGGAGGAGUGCCAUCCAGACCCGGCUUUCUCAGGAGCUGGGGGACGCGGUCACCAAGACUGACAUUGACAGGCUGCUUAAGGAAUGCUGUAUGUGCUCUGGGUCGAUGUGGUACCUGAAGGGCACGGUGCAGUCGUGACAGUGAAGGGUGGCCCCAUCGUCCAAUCAUCUCUUGUAGGGCUUUGUGGGAGGGCUCUACACCAGGAGGGGAAGCGGUGGCAUUGGACAAAGCGCUGCCCUCCUGCCUCCGGCUUGAAGAGCUGGGUCUGGAGGCGAGGAUGCCAAGCUUUCUGCCCCAGACCAUAUGCCAUUGUUCAUUCACCUCAAGUCAUAACAGAGCUAAGGCAAAGCAGGAAAAAAAAAAACGGUAUAACCUUCGAGUUAUCUUGCAUAGUCACAAAAAAGGGCUGGAGGAUUAAAUCUGGUUGGAGCAUAUGUGUAUAUACUGUAUUUGAAAAUAUUUUGAGACAAAUGUAUGCAGUCCAGGUGUUUGAAUUCAGAAAGCAAUGCUUCUUAAUUAUGUUUAUUUAAUAUCUCUCAAGAUUAUACAUGAGAAAUGGGAAAUGGUAUAGACCAAAAAUAAGAAGUGUAGUUUAUAAUUUAGAUUUUAUCCUGAUUGUGGCCUUUUGGGGAAAAAGUCUGGUUUUUACGGUUUCCCAGUAGAUUUGCUGAGGGUAUUUGCCUUUGCCUCUGUCUUUGGCCUUAAGAUGACCACCUCACCAGAGGCGGGUUCACAGUUGAGGCAGUUUUCUGAAUCCGUGGUCGUUUCUCGUUCUCACACGUGGGCUUGGGGAAGAACGUGGUCUAAGAACAGGAAGCAGCAUGUGUGAUCUCAGCUAAACUCCUUGUCACUUUGCACAAAUAUGCAAAUCAGGACAAAAUGUACCACUUAUUGAAAAGGGCAAAGUAGAAAUAUUUUGUUUUGAGUCUGACUCCAGAUUGAUGCGAAGCACUUAAAAAAACGGUGCACAUCGAUUUUCAGGCAUAACAUCUAAAUUAUCCAUAUUUAUGUAGAUUUAAUUACAAUCAUUUAAUCCACUGAUCCAGUAUCCACUUUGAUAGUUUGGUGACUCUUCAUACUAAAUAUGAUAAAUGGAAAAGUGAGCAGUUAGACCAAAGUUAAGUGGUGUGACCUCGGUGUGUGCAUUGCGAUGUCCUAUAAUUUCAUUUUCAUCUGCAAAGAAAUAUUUCAUUGAAAUAUGUCACACGGUUCAAUGUGGUGUAAUACUUUGGUUGGUAACAUGCAUAUUUUGAUGUUUUUGUUCCUCUUUCAUAUGAUGCUCCUUCAAUUAAGUAAAAUUCUCUUGCAAGAAGUCCAGAAACUCCCUUUCUGUAGAUUUGGUAUUCCUUUUGGGAUAUUGAAACAUUCAAAUGUUUACUGGAAGAGUAAAACCUUAACAAUCUUUUGGUAUACCUUAAAUGGACAGUUAAUUCAGUAGUAUUUUUAAAAAAUAUUGUUUUGGUGCUUGUUUUGAUUGACAUGAACAGUUUUUUUUGUGUGGUGGAUAUUUUCGAUAUUUACAGUAGCUCGGCAGUGGAUGGUGUAGAGACGUCAUGGCUUCUGUGGUCUAAAGCACGUCAUUUCUCUUGAAGUAAGCAGCUUGUAUGGCGAGGUUGUGCUUCAAAAAUGCAUACGCUUAAUUUUUAUUUGGAACCAUUUCCUAUGAAGUAUGCAACCUGAGAUGUAUGCAUUCAAGAAAAAAAGCGCUGACAGUAUGAAAUUUAAUUGCGUUAUAACUGGAUAAAACACUAAAAAUAUGAAUCUCUUCAUAUGAACAGCCUCAGGAAACAUGACAUUCACGUGCAAGUUAUGUUAGAGCUACUUUAAAUGUAUUUUCUUGCUUCAGACCGCAAACCCCCUGAAAUCUACAUACCAGCCGCAUUAAAACUGACGGAUGUUCAGAAACUGUAAAUAUCUUAAAACCUGACUGAGUCAAUCGAAAACAUACACUAAAACUCCAUCUACAACUCCAACCAGACUAAGAGCAGUGAAUUUGGUUGUCAUCGUCCAUAGUUUUUCCACCAAACACAUGAACAUGUAGCAUGAUCACCGCUUUGUUUUUAUCAUGCCACGAUUGUUACGGAGCUGCUUCCCCUGUCAGUGUUUUGGGUCUGGUACCUCCGGUAAGCAGAACACGGUUGAGCACUGUUUUUGUCCUUUUUCCCACCUGUGUUAACCACCCAAUGUCUUUACGUUGGUGGAAAUGUAAAAACCAAAAUGAGUCGGGCCUUAACAAGGAUGGUGUCCUUAAUGGAGGAAAGUACUGGAAGGCUGUUGCGCAUGUUCAUUUUAUAGUCGUGCGGGAAUAAUGUGACUAUGGCAAUCAAAAGUACAACAUUGCUACUUUGCAUUAUGCUGGAGUUGCCCAUGUUGUGGAGUGAGGGUGCAUUCUGGCUGGUUAAGUGCAUGCAGAAUAAUUGAAAUCUUCAUCAAGUUUAACACAAGUCACUUACCUCAAGACCGAAACAAGCCACCAUAUGUAAUACUCUGAAGUUUUUUUAGUUUGUUUGCAUUAAAACACAAGCUGGGCCUGGAACACUUAAUUAUAAAGUGUAUCAAAAGCUUUGGUAAACAUUCUUCAAUGUGUUCACUAUGUCCUCAACAAUACCCAUAAGUUUUCAGAGUGUUUCAGGUAAAUAAAUAAAUCUCCCCAGAUAUCUUUAGAUGAUGCAGUAAGAUGUGGUGCAGAAUUUCAACAUGGAUAGCCUACAGAUCAGCAUUUCUGUCUUUCACCCAGUGAAUGUUAUUCCAUUCAAUAAAGCACUGCAAUAA